AUGCAUCGGAUUCUGCAGAGGAGGCGAGUGCGCAAGCUGCGGGUCGUCUGGGCUUCUCUGGCCCUGGUGGCUCUGUCCCUGGCCGCAUGCAGCGCGCUGUUCACGGCGUGGACUUGGCGACAGACGCGGGACCUGUCUCAGUCCUUUAAGGUCUUGCAGGACCGACUGGACCAGGUCAACACACAGAGGAAGGCCAUUGUUCAGCUCAUUCUUGAGAAGAGAGAGCUGCUGGUGGGGCAGAGAGUGAAGAGAGAUGGGGGGAUGUUUCGAGGGAGGAAUGGAAAUGGAAAGAAAGCAGCGUCUCAUUUUGAGAUAACCAAAGUCUCCUCUCAGCAAGUGGGAGAAGGAGGUGUGAUAAAGGGCUGGGAAGAGAGGAUGCUGAAUAUGAGUAAAGCAGUGAGGUAUAACAAGGAGCAAGGCACCUUCACUGUGGAGAAAGCAGGCGUCUACUUCUUGUUCUGCCAGGUGUUGUUCAACGAGCAGCAGACUCCGUAUGUGAAGCUGGAUGUGGUGACCAACGGCCAGAGGCCUCAGAAGCUGCAGUGCAUAGAGGGCUAUGCAACGACCCCCUCUGCCGGGCCGCACUCCUUUCACUUCGUGAAGUCCUGCCAGGUGUCCGGCCUUCUGCGACUGGACAGGGGCACGGAGCUGCAGGCCAUCACAGGCUCGUCCUUCAGACUCCACACUGUGGGCAGUCCCUCCGCCUCGCCUCACGUCUUCAGCAUCUUUAAAGUCAACUGAAGCUCAGCGCUCACCUGAUCCUGGUUGGAAACGUUUUAAAAGUACAUUUACUCAUCUGAGUACAACAGAACUUGUUUUUGUAUGGAGGAGAUUUUUUUCUACAUGGUAAUACAGUCGUACGCAGUUGAGGGCAUCACAUCCUGCUACAUCCUUCUUCCCGAAGACGUCAAUUUGAAAGACAAACCUGACAUUUGUGGAAGUUGUUGUGGAAAUUUUCUUUGGACAGUUGUUCUGUUUUGAAACGCAAAACACAGACUUUGGAUUAAAACCAAGACCCAAAGUGGACAAAAGGCCUCGAUGAAUGUCUGCCGGGAGACCAGAUGUGAUGGAAGCUGUUUUGUAGAUAAAGGGCUUCAUAUAAAAAGAAAAAUACUUGGAUGUUCAUCUUAGCCUUCGUAUCGUGUAAUAAAUUGUGCUUACACUGUCUUUAUAAGACUGACAGGAAAGCUGUGCAUGCACCUUUCACUUUUAUAUCACCGGUUGCCUCAAGAAGCUGAGAGCACAUCUGCAAGCGUCAGAUCUCGACACUAUAAAAGCCUACAUGAGUUGUCACUGACAUUUUAUACAAUACAGCGUCUGUGUGUGUGUGUGUGUGUGUGUGUGUGUGUGUGUGUAAACUAAUGAGUCAAACAAUUCUUGUUUAUACUGAUUUUAUGCUCUUUACAAUUCACUGUGCUGUUUGAGUGUGACAUUGCUGAAAGCCAUAGAUACUUUGUUUAUACUUCACACACAUUUUACAUAUGUGCAUAUCAAGUUAGGAGCUGGCAAAGAAAGUAGAACAGUUUAAAUAACAUGGAUGUGAAUUUGUGCUCUUUUCUAAGGUCAAUUUUGAUUGUAAGGUAUUUUUUAUGUGUAGUAUACUUGGCUUUACUUUUGAAAAGUAUGCAAGUUAUAGAAGCGUACAGUUCUUGAUAUAGCUUUGUCCUUUUCUGACUUGGUUAUCUGUUUGAUGACACAAGAACCAUCCCUUCCAUGCCUGUAUGUAAAUCAUCUGAUGAUUGUUCAUUAUCAUACCAUUAAUACAAUUGGGAGGAAAUCAUAAAAUAGUAUUGAGGAGGUCCUAAUACAUUCAAGGCUGAAGUGUAAGUAAAAGCUGACGUUGAAUUUUAUAGAUUUUGUAUUAAAAAAGGAGCAUUGUUAGGAUUUUUAUUAUUCUGUAUGAUAAAAUUUAGGUCUUUAAAAUCAAGGUACAGUAAAACAAGAGGAAAGUAGUGUAUUUAUGGGUAUUUACUCACUAAUUACACUGUAAGGUGAAAUAUCCCGACAUUGGGUGGAUGGUCAUGAAAUUUGGUCCACGUAUUCACGGUCCCCUCAGGAUGAAUAGUAACAACUUCGGUGAUCCCCAUCUAGCACAAUCAUCAGGUCAAAAUUUUACCUGCGAAACUGACAUUCCCAUCAGCCUCAGCUGGACUUUGUGUGUAGUGCUAAUUAGCAAAGGUUAGAACGCUAACACACGAAACUAAGCUAAACAUUGUAAACAUCAUACCUGCUAAACAUUACCAUGUUAACGUUGCCACUAUGCGCACGUUGGUAUGCUGACGUUAGCGUUUAGCAUCGCUGUGCCUUAGUGCAGCCUCACAGAGCGGCUAGCAUGGCUGUAGACUUUAAGUCCUGUUCUGUCGUCGAAUGUCACACAGCAAGCAGACGAAUUUAGUAAAACAUUACUGCCUUUAUUACAAUGCUAAACAUAAAAACGUAUCCUCACCGAGGUCAAAUCUCAGUUACAACAUAGUCUGUUGCAGCCUGAGCUGUUUUUUAGUGCUAAUCAGCAAAUGUUAGCAUGCUUACAUGUCAAACUAAGGUGGUAAAUAUUAACACUGUAAUUGUCAGGAUGGUAGCAUUUAGUGUAGCAUUAGUUCAGCCUCAGCGCAAUUAGCAUUUUCCUCUCUUUUUGGAAAUGAAACUCCUUCCACUCUUUCAGAUGGUGCUGCUGCUGCCUACUGUAACAUUUCCUGCUACAAUGCAAACAACAUGUAUUUCUAGCAGUGGGUUUCAGCGCUCCCACUCUUGUUUAUAAGUAGUUUUUGAGGACAGACCGCAUUGGUUUCUCCUCAGCACUUUACUGCAGCGAACUUAGUCUUUUUAAUUGGAGCCAAACAUUCAUGUUUUCAAAUGGAAAAAGUGUAGACAUCACACACAUAUCCUGUUUGAUUUCCCCAUCGUUUUCCUCUUCCCUUUUGUUUCUCACUCAUCUCCACCGCCCCCUCACCCCUAUAUCCGUGCGCACCUCAUAUUUCCCUGUCAGCACCGAUCAGACCGUACACACACACACACACACACACACACACACACACACACACGCACACACACAAAAUCCCCUAAGUGUCCCCUGCUCACACACACACACAAACACACACACACACACACACACACCAGCAGCCAUCUAAAUUUUCACUUCCUGAAUCUAAACCUGAACCGCAUAGCUUGAAAUCGUUGAGGAAAAACAUGCCUCGUCCCUCGCCCGUCACCCCCACAAACUUCCCUGCCCCGAUUCCUUUUUUUCUAAAUGUCAAAGUUUAUUACCACCUCAGAAAUUCUUGUGAAGACAUUUUCUGUAAAAUGAUAAUGUAUACUAUGCCUGGACAAUUAUUUUUAUUAUUUCUUCUC